AUGGCACUGGUCUUGGCCACGCAAGAGGUGCUUCGGCUUCGAUAUCUACUCGAAGAGCUUGGACUCCAGUUAUCUGGUGCAACAAAGGUCAUGAUGGAUAACAAGUCGGCAAUGAGCAUGGCGAUGAACCUAGGUUACACGCCUCGUGCUUAA